AAAUAGACAGAGCUCUGAAACUACAAACAGACCGCCGUGUCUGACACGCUAGUGAUGGCGAAUCGGGUCAGAUUCACACACGGAGUCCGUGUGAGAUUGAUCAUUGAGCUUUAUCUCCUGAGCAAUUCUUAAGCAUUACGAGCACUACUGACUCUCCACUGCACAAUAUUCAACCAUCUAUUCAGAGCACAAUCUGCAUUUUCCACUGUAGCUGAACGCCUGGUUUUGGGUUUUCUCCAAGAAGCACUUCUUCUGAAUUGUUCUUCCCACCCCUCCCCAACCCUCCACCCAUAUACCCCACAUCCCCUACCCACAAAAAAACAAAAAACAAACAAAAAAAAUUAUUCCUUCUUUUCAAUAAUAAGUUGAUCAUUUGUGUUCAAAUACUACUGUUCUUUUAAAAGCUCAGUCAUUUUAAUACUAGGUUAAUAAUUUGUUUAAUCUGCUAUUGUUUUUUUCUUUGGAAAAAAGUUUAUUAGCUGUAUUUGUAAGUGGUUCUUUUUCUUGUCAAUUAACUUGUUUUUUUUUUCUUGAGAAUACUUUGCAGGUUGUAUCGCUUCAGCAUUUCGUGAAGAUGCCUCGGAAAGGUAGGAGAUCCCGGGCUCAAAAAGUUCGUUGGACAAAGUUAGACCUGACGGGACAGACGAGCGUCUGUAAAGGUGUUGCUCAGGUUUCUGAUGGACUGCAGUACGAAGAUGGUGACAACACAUCUAGAAUUCUAUCCGUGCAGGCGUCUCAUUGCCAGAGUGAUGCAAGGUAUGAUGUUUUCUCACGAAAUCAUCAGUGCACAUGUAUAGCUCUGACAUUCCUUGCAUACCACAGUGAGGGAACUUUGUUCGAACAGCCUGAUCUUGACAGAGUGCUAGAGGAAGGUGAUGCUUUGUAUGUCGGCAUUAAAAUGCAGCUUAUUGCUGAAGGAAGAUUCCGACAGGAUCUUCUAAGCAUGGCUGAAGUACCUGUGAGCAUCACAACUUCUAACCACACCUACAGCGUCCAAAAGUCAGAAGUGGUGAUGGGAUAUCUGAGAGACAGAGGAACUACUGAAAUGGACGCGUGGUGGCUUCCUCUUCAUGAAAGACUUCAGUGUCUCUCAACAGAUGUCAGCCAUGCACUACUUAUUGUUUCUCCAGAGUGCUUUGCUGUGUUCAGAGACAGUUCUGGAAGAUAUGGAUUUUUUGAUUCUCAUUCCAGAACUGCUGAAGGUUUGCCACAUCCUACUGGUGAUGGAACGGCAGUUAUGCUAACUUUCACUAACCUGCAUGACAUGACCAACAGAUUACUUGAGCUUUUUUGGAAUCGUGGUUCUCAGACUUGUUAUGAAUUCAUGGCUGUUUCAUUUGAAAUGGAGGAACAGUCAGGGAGAACAUCUUCAGCUUGUGAGUCACUCUCACAAGUUACUUCAUCUCUGCCCAAACCGCAAAGAAAUGGUGUAAAAAUCCCUGAAAAUCUUUUUUUUGCAGAAGACAAAAACCAGGGUGUCUUGAAUGUCAUCAAAACAAACAAGCCGCGAAGAAGAAAAAAAGUGCGUAAAAUGGCAAAACAGUGUGCAGGACCUGAGGACAAAACUUCACAUUUUGAAAAUCGAGAACGGAAAAGAAGGGAAUAUGAGAAAGAGAAGUAUGCCACCAGUUUGCAGUUUCGAAUUAAGAAAAGGCAUGUCUCCAAGAAGUUUAAUCAAGAUCCUUUUGUCAGAAACAAAAAGAGGGAGUACUUUGUCAGGAGGUACCACACUGAUGCUGUUUUUCAGAAGAAAAUGAAGGAAUACAUGAUCAAGAGGUACCACACUGAUGCUGUUUUUCAGAAGAAAAAGAAGGACUACUUGGUCAUGAGGUACCAUACUGAUGCUCUUUUCCAGAGGAAAAAGAAGGACUACAUGGUCAGGAGAUACCACACUGAUGUUCUUUUCCAUAAGAAAAAGAAGGACUACAUCGUCAGGAGGUACAAUACUGAUGAUGCUUUCCAGAGGAAAAUGAAGAACUACAUGUUCAGGAGGUACAAGAUGGAUGAUCUUUUCCAGAAGAAAAUGAAGGACUACAUGGCCAGAAGAUAUGCAAGUGAUUCAAAGUUUAGGUCACAUCACAUUCUACUUUGUACUCUCCAGAAGAAACAGAAGUGUCUUACUGAUCCUGGAUUCCACAUUCUUCACAAGUUGAGAUGUGCAUUAAGGAUCAAGAGAAAAUACAGGCCAUACAUUCGUUCCAGCCAGGAGACACCCAAUUCUGAUGUGACAAACCAGCCUGUGUCCAACAGCUUGAUGCAAAAGGCCAUAUCUGCAUUUCGGUGUCAAAUUCUGAAUGGUCCAACUUACAUCUGCACAGUCUGUCACAGGGCGCUUUUUCCAAAUCAAGUCAAGAUGUGUAAUAGAACACGAUAUGUAAAAAAAUGUUCAUAUUACAGCCUCUUGCCUAACCAGGAAAUAUGUUCAUGCUUGUGA